AUGUUUUCUUCAACAUCGGACCCGUUUGGAUCUCGCUGUCUCAUAGACCACUCACCAGCUCAAAUGUUCUUCUUCUCGGAUGAGGAUCAUGAAUGGAGAAGCGUCUCGGAGUAUUUCGCCAUCAAGUGGAGGGUUUGGGUACCUCCAGAGGCUAACUGCUGUGUGUAUAUCCUUGGCCGUCCGCAGGAGGUAUUCCCCUUGGAAGUCAUCACGGUGGAGGCACCAGAAGCCAGUCAAAGGAUGGUUCUGCCUCGUCGCUUCUGGUAG